CGUCUAUGGUACAGAUGACCUAUCAGUUGCUCUGUGGUUUUUACAAACAGGAUAAGGCAUUAUUUUCAAAUAUGUAUGGGAUGGUUUUAUCAUUUACUGAUAAGAAGCAGAUGUUAAGUAUAACCUGUAAGGAUUCAAAUUUACCAAAAUAUAAUAAUGAAUUAGGAUAAUUACAUUAUUAUUUAAUUUCACUGUUUUACAACAUUAUUGUUAUAAUAAAACAUAUUUAUUGUUAGUUAAGGGGACAUAGAAUGGCAAAAAAUAAAAUACAUGAUAAAUUUGCAAAACUAAAGACCAAAACUGUUACUCCAAAGAAAGAAAAUAAAUUUAAAAUGUCCAUGUUGAACAUGUCAGUUACGGUUUUAUGCAUUGCUAUUGCUACUUGGUUCAGUUACAGGGGAUACUUAGAAACAAGAGUAAAUACUCCAUAUGAUGUAAACAAGUUAGUCACAGCCUCUGGAUUAGAUGUUCCAGACAGAUAUUGGGGUACCUAUCGAUCAGGCGUUUAUUUUGGACUAAAAACUCGAGAUCCUCAUUCUUUAGUAACAGGAUUGAUGUGGUAUUUUCCACAUUUGUUGCGUCAGGACAGAAGUGGCCUUAGACAUUGGUGUGAACAAAAUGAUAGAUUAGAUAGAUAUGCAUGGAUGGAACAUGAUGGAAGAAAUUUUGGUGUUCAAGAAAUAGUGGAUAAUUCAGCUAUUUUAACUACUACAUUUGUUAAAAGACCAGGCGGUAAACAUGGUGGAGAUUGGACUGCAAGAAUUUCUGUAACUUCUGAGGAUAAGAUACGAGAUGGUGAAGAAAUCUCAUUACUUUUCUACACUGCCAUUGAAGAAAAUGUUAAAGGAUGGAUUAAAGCUAAUCUCGGCAAUGAGAAACAGUUAACAGGUGUAGAGGGGAAUACUCAAGGUUUAGGUUCAUUUAUUAUAAAUCUUAAUAUGAUACAUGGAACAGUAGAAGAACAUUCUUUUCUAGCAACUGUUGCCCCUGGAUUAAAUGUUUUGAAAGAAACUGUACUUCAUAAUCUUAGGAUAGCAUUUCACACAGGUUCAACAAAAGAAUAUAUAGUUCUAGCGGGUGAUCAAAUACCGCUAUCGAUAGAUGGGAAAAAAAGAGAUGCAAAUUUUAUUGCGACACAAAUAACAGGGAAAAUUCCUUUUGAAAUUGAAAUUAGUUAUGAAUCUGGUAGUUUUAUUAACAGAGUCGACAAACUGACUGGUCAAAAUUAUGAUCAUGCUUUAAAAACGCACCAAAAACUAUUUGAUGAAAAGUUUGAGAAGGUCUUUAAAUUAAAGUCAAAAGGCUAUGCAGAAGAAGAAAUUGAAUUUGCCAAAAUGGUCUUAUCGAAUAUGAUAGGCUCCAUAGGUUAUUUCUAUGGAAGUUCGCAAGUGCAAAGUCAAUAUACUAAAGGUCCUGUGCCUUAUUGGAAAGCACCUUUGUAUACUGCUGUACCUAGUAGAAGUUUUUUUCCACGAGGAUUUCUAUGGGACGAAGGUUUUCAUGGCUUACUCAUAUCAGCUUGGGAUCUAGAAAUUGAACUGGAUAUUAUAAAUCAUUGGUUUGAUUUAAUGAACGUCGAAGGAUGGAUUCCAAGAGAGAUGAUUUUGGGUCAAGAGGCAUUAGCAAAAGUUCCAGAUGAGUUUGUAACUCAAGUGAAUACAAAUGCAAAUCCGCCUACAUUUUUCUUAACAUUGCAUUUCAUACUUAAGCAUAAACAGGAAGAGGUAUUAGAAAAGCAUUUCCAAUUUUUUGAUAAUUUGUAUCCUCGUCUUCAGACGUGGUUCAAUUGGUUUAACACUACGCAAACUGGAGAUAUACCGAGUACGUACAGGUGGCGAGGUAGAGAUGGGACAACUAACAAAGAAUUAAACCCAAAAACGCUCACGUCUGGUUUAGAUGAUUAUCCGAGAGCUUCCCAUCCAAAUAUCGACGAAAGACAUGUUGAUUUACGUUGCUGGAUUGCAUUUGCCGCUCAUAUUAUGCAUCAAAUCAGCGAAAUGUUAAAUCAGCCUAAUAAUAAAUAUCAAGAGACCUAUCGGUAUUUAUCUGAUAAUAGUUUGUUAAAUAAAUUACAUUGGUCGCCAAAUACACACACGUAUGCCGAUUUUGGAUUGCAUACGGAUAAAGUACUCUUACGAAAAGUAACUCCUCCAAAAUCGCAUGCACAACCAGAAACAGUAAGAGUUGUAAUGGAAGAUCCUACUCUAAGAUAUGUUGAUUCAUCCUUCGGCUAUGUUUCCUUAUUUCCAUUUAUUUUACAAAUCAUUGAUGCCGAUUCUCCGCAGUUGGGUAAAGUAUUGCAAGAUUUAACAAAUCCCGAUCUGUUGUGGACCAAACAUGGUUUACGAUCACUCGCGAAGAUAUCACCGUUUUACAUGAAAUAUAAUACUGAACAUGAUGCUCCCUAUUGGAGAGGAGCUAUUUGGAUGAAUUUAAAUUAUUUGACGGUACGAGCGACGCAUUACUAUUCCAACAUUGACGGUCCGUAUAAAGAGGAAGCGAGGAAGAUUUAUCAGAAUUUAAGGAAGAAUUUAAUACAAAAUAUCUUUAAGCAAUAUAAAAAAACUGGAUACGUGUGGGAAAAUUAUGGAGACUUUCAUGGAGAACCAAAAGGUAGUCAUCCAUUCACUGGUUGGACGUCUCUAGUUUUGCUACUCAUGGCAGAAAUUUAUUAAUCAUAGAAUUGUAUUGUAAAUAGUUUCAUCUAUAUAAGUAUACAAAUUUUAUCAACAACAGAAUCAAAUGAUAUUACUCAUAUUCACAUAAGGUAAACGCUGUGAAUAUUGAAUAUUUUGUUGUUACGCAUAAAAAAUGUGAUAAUAUUUGUAAAUUAUUACAAUUAUAGAACUCAAUGCUUUUUUAUAAUAGAAACGAUAAUGAUUGAAUACGGAAGUGUAAAUUUCAAGAAAUAGAACAUUCACUGCAUGUACUGUAAUCACACAAAAUUGAUUAUGUAUGAAAUCUAUUUUAAUAGAGAUCUCAAAUAAUAUUAUCAACUUACAUAUUUUUACAUUAACUUUCUGACUACCUCUACAAUAUAAUGAUUAUAAUACCAAAACAUUAAUAAAAAAACGAUCUUUAGUACAU